GGAAGAUUUUUUUAGGAUUUUCAUGGAAGAUUUUUUUAGGGUUUUCAUGGAAGAUUUUAGGAUUUUCAUGGAAGAUUUUUAUAGGAUUUUCAUGGAAGAUUUUAGGAUUUUCAUGGAAGAUUUUAGGAUUUUCAUGGAAGAUUUUAGGAUUUUCAUGGAAGAUUUUUAUAGGAUUUUCAUGGAAGAUUUUUAUAGGAUUUUCAUGGAAGAUUUUAGGAUUUUCAUGGAAGAUUUUUAUAGGAUUUUCAUGGAAGAUUUUAGGAUUUUCAUGGAGGAUUUUUAUAGGAUUUUCAUGGAAGAUUUUAGGAUUUUCAUGGAAGAUUUUAGGAUUUUCAUGGAAGAUUUUAGGAUUUUCAUGGAAGAUUUUAGGAUUUUCAUGGAAGAUUUUAGGAUUUUCAUGGAGGAUUUUAGGAUUUUCAUGGAAGAUUUUUAUAGGAUUUUCAUGGAAGAUUUUAGGAUUUUCAUGAAGAUUUUAGGAUUUUCAUGGAAGAUUUUAGGAUUUUCAUGGAAGAUUUUAGGAUUUUCAUGGAGGAUUUUAGGAUUUUCAUGGAAGAUUUUAGGAUUUUCAUGGAAGAUUUUAGGAUUUUCAUGGAAGAUUUUAGGAUUUUCAUGGAAGAUUUUAGGAUUUUCAUGGAAGAUUUUAGGAUUUUCAUGGAGGAUUUUUAUAGGAUUUUCACGGAAGACUUUUGUAGGAUUUUCAUGGAAGAUUUUUUUUAGGACUUUUAAAUUUCCCAACAAGCAUGAAAUUUAAAAACCCUAAAAUAUCUUCCAUGACAAUCCGUAUAAAACCCAAACCGAACCAUUGAAAACUGUACUAUUUGAGGGAUGACUGUCCUAUAUUUUCAGCUUCACAUUCACAUCCCCGGACAUUUCUCUCGACGCAUCUCUCUACUUAAGAAGGCAAACUCAAGUGCAAUUAUGGAGUCUCAAAUAUCGCAACUGUUAUUCUCAAUCAUUAUUAUUGUUAUUAUUAUUAUUAUUAUUAUUAUUAUUAUUAUUAUUAUUAUUAUUAUUAUUAUUAUUAUUGUUAGGUCUUAGUGGAUAUUUAUAUUUUUCUUUUACUCAAAUUUAUAUUAUACAAAUUUUUAUUAGAUAACUUAAGAGCUGGCUUGCUUUAAAUUGAUAAGGAAGAGAGAGAGAGAGAGAGAGAGAGAGAGACUAAAUUUAUACAGGUAUUCUGAAAAGCAAGUUAUGAUCCCCUUUCUCUCUCUCUCUCUCUCUCUCUCUCUCUCUCUCUCUCCACCAAUGUUUUCCCUUCCUCUUAACUUGAACUCAACAGGGUGAUUCAGAAAGCCAAGGUUAGUGCCAAUGUUAAAAGUCUAUCAGUGCGGCUGUCUGCUCUCUCCGUACAGGGCGUCACAAAAGGUGUGUUGCUGGUGCCAAUGUGUGGGUUGUUGUGUUACGUUGUUGUCUGUCGGUGGUUGAAAAGUUUUACGCUAUCAUAAUUCCGUCCAGUUAAUCUACCGAAUUUUUGUUUAGGGCUGUGUGUGUGUGUGUGUGUGUGUGUGUGUGUGUGUGUGUGUGUGUGUGUGUGUGAAGAUGUUUUUUUCUCUGAUCUUCCCUUUCCUUAAUUCCUUCUUACUCAUGUUUCUGUUGUCUAAGAAUUUUUCCGAGUAAAUUAUAUGUAUUUUAAAUUUUAUCAAGUUACUGGAACACACAUGAUUGCCUUGUGUGUGUGUGUGUGUGUGUGUGUGUGUGUGUGUGUGUGUGUGUGUUUACCCAGUUGUGACAUAUGAGAAGAGAGCUAUGUUCAUGCUCUCCCGUCUCCAUAUCCGCUCUUAUCCAACCUUUCCUUAAAAUCCUGAAUGUUUCUUGCACAAACCACCUCCUCCUCCAUUCCAUUCCACAGCUUCUGUUUGGGAAGGUAAACUUUUUCACAUCUCGCCUACACGUGGUCGCCCUCAACUUCCUUCCAUGUCCUCUCGUUUCUCUCUCGCUCCACACACACACACACAGGUCCUCUCUGUCCAGAUUCUCCACCCCGCUCGCCACCCUGUACACCGCUAUCAGGUCUCCUCUCUCUCUUCUUCUCUCCAGGGUUGUGAGCCCCAUGCUAUUGAGUCUCUCCUCGUAAGUCUGAUCCCUAAGUUCCGGUACCAUCUUAGUUGCCACUCUCUGCACUCUUUCCAGCUUCCUUAUGUUCUUCUUUUCGUGAGGAGACCAGACCACUGCUGCACACUCCAACCUUGGCCUUAUCAUUGUAACUAUUAUUUUCUUCAUCAUCUCCUCGUCCAAAUACACAAAUGCCGUCCUUAUGUUCCUCAGCAAAUUCAUAGUUUGUCCCGUACUCUUUCCAGUGUGUGUGUGUGUGUGUGUGUGUGUGUGUGUGCAAGUAUCUCAAUCAUUAUUAUAUCUAGUGUAGGUUUAAGUCCAACACUCCUGCCAAUGUAUAAACUUCUAUAGGAAUGAAUUAACCGAUGAAUGUCACAAACGAUGCCUAUGAAGUUCGUCACAGCCGUCGUGCCAAUCUGUUACGCCUUCCCGAUGCCAAACUAACCUCUACUUAAUAUCUACGACGUUUAUAAGUUUAUGCCUUGGGUCGAUAUUAUAACACUUUUGCUUCUCACAUCAGCUAUUUCUAAAGGUCAAAGAGAGGGUCAGUCGGGUUCUAAUGUGUGUUUCUUUAGGUUCACGGUACAGAGGAAGGGUCAGACUACCACCAGGGUCAUAAAACUACUCCUGGAAAUGCUCACAACUCCUAUGAAAGCCUUGUUAAAUAUGUGUUUCUUUAGGUUCAUGGUAUAGAGGAAGGGUCACUACCACCAGGGUCAUAAAACUACUUCUGGAAAUGCUCACAACUCCUAUGAAAGCCUUGUUAAAUAUGUGUUUCUUUAUGUUCACGGUACAGAGGAAGGGUCACACUACCACCAGGGUCAUAAAACUACUUCUGGAAAUGCUCACAACUCCUAUGAAAGCCUUAUUAAAUAUGUGUUUCUUUAUGUUCACGGUACAGAGGAAGGGUCACACUACCACCAGGGUCAUAAAACUACUCCUGGAAAUGCUCACAACUCCUAUGAAAGCCUUGUUAAAUAUGUGUUUCUUUAGGUUCACAGUACAGAGGAAGGGUCACACUACCACUAGGGUCAUAAAACUACCCCUGGAAAUGCCCACAACUCUUACAAAAGCCUUGUUAAAUAUGUGUUUCUUUAGGUUCAUGGUACAGUGGAAGGGUCAGACUACCACCAGGGUCAUAACACUACUCCUGGAAAUGCCCACAACUCCUACGAAAGCCUUGUCAAAUAUGUGUUUCUUUAGGUUCAUGGUACAGAGGAAGGGUCACACUACCACCAGGGUCAUAACACUACUCCUGGAAAUGCCCACAACUCCUACGAAAGCCUUGUCAAAUAUGUGUUUCUUUAGGUUCAUGGUACAGAAGAAGGGUCACACUACCAUCAGGGUCAUAAAACUACUUCUGGAAAUGCCCACAACUCCUAUGAAAGCCUUGUUAAAUAUGUGUUUCUUUAGGUUCACGGUACAGAGGAAGGGUCACACUACCACUAGGGCCAUAAAACUACCCCUGGAAAUGCCCACAACUCCUAUGAAAGCCUUGUCAAAUAUGUGUUUCUUUAGGUUCACGGUACAGAGGAAGGGUCACACUACCACUAGGGUCAUAAAACUACCCCUGGAAAUGCCCACAACUCCUACGAAAGCCUUGUUAAAUAUGUGUUUCUUUAGGUUCAUGGUACAGAGGAAGGGUCACACUACCACUAGGGCCAUAAAACUACCCCUGGAAAUGCCCACAACUCCUAUGAAAGCCUUGUUAAAUAUGUGUUUCUUUAGGUUCAUGGUACAGAGGAAGGGUCAUAAAACUACCCCUGGAAAUGCCCACAACUCCUACGAAAGCCUUGUCAAAUACGUGUUCUUGGGCGGCAAAAUGUUUAUAAUACGACCCAACUGUCUCACAAAUUGCUGCUCUACCCACGGCAGGAUAUUUGAAGUGUUAACUCAUUACUUAACUAAUUAUUACUAGUAUCAGCGGCCUGGUUGUAAGUGCGCGGUGCCGUAACUCGUAACUCAAGGUCCGUCUCUACUCUCUUGGCACGUUAUGAGUCUGUUACAUAUUUUACUUUUCACUGGGAGCAAGUUUGUCAGUUUUAUUAUUUUUCGUCAUUUUUUUAGAGGUUACGAAUUAAUUUUAUUUUGAGUAAGAUUUUUUGUUCAUACGUGUUCUAUCGGUAAGGCUUUUUUGUACUUUUAUACCGAGUGCUUCCGUGUCCGUUGCUUUUUUAUACUUGGGGCUGUAUCGCAAGUAGGAUCCGAGAAGUUUCGGAUCCGUACAAGUAUCGGAUUAGGGGGCGGCGUAUCACAGGUCAAAUCCGAGGAGUUUUGGGUCACUACAGAGGACCGUUUUUGUUUAUUUUAUUUAUUGAUUAUUUUUUUACGUCGCGGCCUAUUGUACUGGUAGGCUUCUUCCCGGUGAGGCCUGAUGGUCGGCCCAAGGCUUCUUCCCGGUGGAGCCUGAUGGUCGGCCCAAGGCUUCUUCCUGGUGGAUCCUGAUGGUCGGCCCAAGGCUUCUUCCCGGUGGAUCCUGAUGGUCGGCCCAAGGCUUCUUCCCGGUGGAUCCUGAUGGUCGGCCCAAGGCUUCUUCCCGGUGGAUCCUGAUGGUCGGUCCAAGGCUUCUUCCCGGUGGAUCCUGAUGGUCGGCCCAAGGCUUCUUCCCGGUGGAUCCUGAUGGUCGGCCCAAGGCUUCUUCCCGGUGGAUCCUGAUGGUCGGCCCAAGGCUUCUUCCCGGUGGAUCCUGAUGGUCGGCCCAAGGCUUCUUCCCGGUGGGGCCUGAUGGUCGGCCCAAGGCAUCUUCCCGGUGGAUCCUGAUGGUCGGUCCAAGGCUUCUUCCUGGUGGAUCCUGAUGGUCGGUCCAAGGCUUCUUCCCGGUGGAUCCUGAUGGUCGGCCCAAGGCUUCUUCCCGGUGGAUCCUGAUGGUCAGUCCAAGGCUUCUUCCCGGUGGAUCCUGAUGGUCGGCCCAAGGCUUCUUCCCGGUGGAUCCUGAUGGUUGGCCCAAGGCUUCUUCCCGGUGGGGCCUGAUGGUCGGCCCAGCCCGUUCUGUCGCAGGCGAGUGUUUAUAGUGGCGCCAGGUCAUUGUACUCAGAGCAUAGUAUUUACUGGUUUCUGACGCCUAACUAUUGCCAAGAAACAUCAGGAUCUAACUCUUUUAACGAUAACUAUAAAUGAGUUUCGUUAUUGGAGCCCAGAAGAUCGUUUUGUGGUAGGAAGUCGGGAAAUAUAAGCAGCUGAGUACGACAAUCUGGCAACAUCACUUCAGAGUUCGGAUGAAUAAAAAAAAAUGUUGUUGGGACCCGGAACUUCUCAGAUUCUACUUAUAAUACGACCCCUAAACUGAACUCUGUAGUGACCUGGAACUUCUCGGAUUCGACCUGUAAUACGGCCCCUAAACCAAACUCUGUAGUGACCUGGAACUUCUCGGAUUCGACCCAUAAUACGACCCCUUAACCAAACUCUGUAGUGACCUGAAGCUUCUCGGAUUCAACCCAUAAUACGGCCCCUAAACCAAACUCUGUAGUGACCCGGAACUUCUCGGAUUCGA